CCGCGCCGGCCCCCGCCUAUCGUUUCGUCCCCCGUUCGCUCUGCGGAUAAAGAAAACGGGAGCGCAGCGCACCGCCACGCCUUCGUCUCUCCCCCGCACGGUACGCCCCUGCUCCUCCUCCGGCCACGGCGAGGCUGCGGCGUCGUCGUCCGCGGCAGCGAAUGAGGUUGAGCACCUAGCUUGUAUGAACAAGCAUAUAGCGGUACAAUGGUAGAAACCCCUAUACAUCUGGCCUCAACUUCGAACAACACAGGCAAGAUAAGAAACAAUGGAGAACAGCUGAACGGAUCUGCUUCCACGGAGGAGGAAAAGCAGCAAGUCGACGGCGGCGGCGCCGUGCAGCCAGCACCAAGCGCGUGCACGACGUGCGCCAAGGGGCACGCGUGCCAGGCCGUGAUCAGCCGGACGCGGGAGAUGCGAGCGCUGAUCGACGCGAAGAAGCCGCACCAGGUGCAGGCCGCGUUCGAGCACCUCGCCGACGAGGGCCACCGGCCGUCCCUGGUGACGUACACCACCCUGCUCUCCGCGGUGACCAGCCAGCGCACGUUCGAGUCCAUCCCGUCGCUGCUCGCCGACAUCGACGCCGCCGGGCUGCGGCCGGACUCCAUCUUCUUCAACGCGCUGAUCAACGCCUUCGUGGAGGCCGGGCGGAUGGGCGAGGCCACCAGCACCUUCUGGAAGAUGAGCCGGCACCACCCGGGGUGCCGCCCCACCAUCAGCACCUUCAACACGCUCAUCAAGGGCUUCGGCAUCGCCGGCCGGCCCGAGGAGUCGCAGCGCAUCUUCGACAUGAUGGCCGGCGGCGCCGGCGAUGGGGUCGUCGCGUCGACGGUGAGGCCCAACCUGACGACGUACAACAUCCUGGUGAAGGCGUGGUGCGACCACCGGAGGCUGGAGGAAGCGUGGGGCGUGGUGGGCAGGAUGCGGGCGCGCGGCGUGGAGCCCGACGUGGUCACCUACAACACCGUCGCCAGCGCCUACGCCAAGAACGACGAGACGUGGCGGGCGGAGGAGCUCGUGGUGGAGAUGAUGCGUGCCAGGCUGCGCACCAGCGAGCGCACCUGGGGCAUCAUCGUCGGCGGCUACUGCAGGGAGGGCAGGCUGGAGGAGGCGCUCCGGUGCGUCCGGCAGAUGAAAGAGGCCGGCGUCCUGCCCAACGUCAUCGUCUUCAACACCCUCCUCAAGGGCUUCCUCGACGCCAACGACAUGGCCGCCGUUGACGACGUUCUUGGGCUGAUGGAGCAGUUCGGCAUCAAGCCGGACAUCGUCACCUACAGCCACCAGCUGAACGCGUUCAGCUCGCUGGGGCACAUGGCCAAAUGCAACAAGGUGUUCGACAGGAUGAUGGAGGCCGGGGUCGAGCCGGACCCGCAGGUGUACAGCAUCCUCGCCAAGGGCUACGUCCGUGCGCAGCAGCCCGGCAAGGCCGAGGAGCUCCUGCAGCGGAUGUGCCGCAUCGGCGUCCGCCCCAACGUCGUCACCUUCACCACCGUCAUCAGCGGCUGGUGCAGCGUCGCCGACAUGGACAACGCCACCAAGGUCUACCGCAAGAUGCGCGACGCCGGCGUGCGCCCCAACCUCAGGACGUUCGAGACGCUCAUCUGGGGCUACAGCGAGCAGAAGCAGCCGUGGAAGGCCCAGGAGGUGCUCCAGAUGAUGCAGGAGGCCGGCGUCAGGCCCAAGCAGAGCACCCACAGCCUCGUCGCCGAUGCGUGGAAAGCCGUCGGCCUGACCGAGAACGGCAACCGUGCGUCUGGCUCCCCUGAUGAUCGUCUCCGCCGCAACGCCAAAGAGCCGGACCACCAUUCGGACGACGACGAUGAUGGCAAGCUGCAAAGAUCGGCAACUACUAAUGAGCCGGCAAGGAGUGAUCAUCCAUCGCAUUCCAGUUUCCUGCAGGUGACAAGCGCACUAGGGACAGGCAAGGCUGAACAGUUCGCAUCAACAUCGCUGCCGCUCCAACGAUCAUGCCAGCUCCGAAUGCGAUCCUCAGGGUUUUGCAGGAAUCUAUGGCAGAAGCAGGGUGGGUUGUACAGUCAGGGCAUCAGCUCAUUCAAGAUCAUGGUGUUCCUCAGCUAAGAGGCCAUGCUCUGUUGUCAAGCAUAUGUACACUGGUAUAAAACACAAUUCUUCCCCCCAAUCUCCUGACCGUAGAUGCUGGUCAUUUUUGUAUGAUUCUGCAGAUACAUUGGUCUUCUGCUUCUGCAGGCACUCGAUUCAGAUGUUGUCUCCUCGUUUUGUGACAGGAGGAUCAAAUUAUAUGUGAUGUAUUAGUGAUGCCAACAGAAUGCUAUCAUCAGAUGUUGAUUAUUAAUCA